GCUUUAGAUCUGACUUGCAGUAGCUUUCUUGGUUGUUACACUGGGCAACGUCACAAAAGAUGUCAAGCAUGGCGUUAGGUGCUUGCUCAAAGCUUACAAUCGGAUGCACAAAUAGGCGAGUUGCUUCUCCAUUGCCUGCGAUCGGACCAAGCCUUCUGCCAUGCCGGACGAUCCAUUCUCGGCGCUGCGACACAGCUGCCGCUAGCAGCAGGGGCAACGGGCGUGGUGGCUCUCCCGGAGACAUGGAUUUCCACGAGACAAAGCUGGGACCCAACGUGCUGGCGUCAGUAAAAGACCUUCGAGAUGGGGGAGUCAAAUGGGGUGCUGCGACCGUCGUACGGAACGACGCCCAGAGCCUAGACGGCCGUGUGCGCGUGCUGCACCUCUCCGUGGCGGACCACGUGGACAUGCUGUACGGCAGGAGGGUCAAGGGGGUGCCGGACGCAACCCGGUGGAUCGAGUCGUACACGAUCCCGGGCCAGUGUGUGGGUGUGCGCCUGCCGCCCCGGCAGCAGCCGCCUGCCGCCGCCUCACCGCCCUCCUCAGCUGCGUCGCCCCCCCGGCGGCUCUACUCUAUCGCCUCCAGCCCCUACGCCUCCCGCCGGGACUCGGCUUACGUGGACGCAUCGCUGAUUGAGAUCGUGGUUGAGCGGGGCAGCGGAGACCCCGAGGAGGCGCAGCUGGCGGAGCUGGGGCCGGGCACACAGCUGGAGGUGACUCAGGUGAUCGGUCGCGGCUUCUGCUCGCUGCUGGACAGCUACAACGGAGUGACGCAUGCGCUGGAGGAGGGCCGCAACCUGGUCCUCAUCGGCUGCGGCUCCCGCGGCAUCUCCGCGCUCCGCUCCGCGCUGUCCUGGCAGCCGCUGCUGGCGCACGCCGCCUCGCGCUCCGCCCACCCGCCCGCCGUGUCAGCGCUGUACCUGGCGGCCUGCGCGGGCAGGGCGGCGUUCGUGGCGGAGUGGGACGGGUGGAGGGAGGCAGGGAUCUUGAUUCGACCGUUGUACACAAACCCCGGUGCGGGACUGGAUGACACAGCGGUGGUGGGGGAGGGCAGCAGCAGCAGCAAUGGUGUCAUGUCGCCGCCGCAGCAGCAAGGGCAGCAGCAGGCAUCAGUGGGAGGUGGGGACAACAACAAUAACGACGACAGCAGCAGCGGCAGGAGUACGGCAGCAGCAGCAGCAGUUGCGGAUCCGGAUUUGGAGCGGUGUUUGGAUCUGCUGCAACAGGCGCUGUUCCUGCAUGAGGGCGGAUUCGAGGCCGUGUGCGGCGGCCCCGCCUCCCGCACCUGCUUCCUGCUGGCCGGACUGCCCCGGGAGCUGGCCUCCGCGCUGGGCAAGCUGCUGAGUGCCCGGGGGGUGCCGUACGAGCACAUGCUGUUUGCGCAGGCGGACUUCUUCUAGGGCUGGGG